AUGUCCCACGGCAAGCAGUUCACUUUCUAUACGCACAAGGCAGGACCCAACGGCUGGAAGGUCGUCUUCGUCUUGAACGAGCUCGGGCUGAAAUACGAGAACGUGUACAUCGACCUCGAUUUCCAGAAGCCCGGAUAUCAGGAUCCCGAGUUCACCAAGUACAAUCCGAACGGACGUAUUCCCGUCUUGAUCGAUCAUCGCAAUAAUGACUUUGUCGUCUGGGAGUCGAAUGCCAUCAUCCUUUACCUCACCGAGAAGUACGACACGGCGCGCCACAUUUCCGCAUCUACACCCGAGGACAAGGCACUUGAGCUUCAGUGGCUAUUCUUCCAGGCCUCUGGUCAAGGACCGUACUUCGGGCAGGCGGUGUGGUUCGUCACCUACCAUCAAGAGAAGGUUCCCAGCGUGAUUGAGCGGUACCAGAAUGAGACUCGCCGUGUACUCGGUGUCCUGGACGGCGUUCUCUGCAAGCAGGAGUGGCUGGUUGGCGACAAGUACACUAUCGCUGACAUCUCCUUCAUUCCGUGGAGCAAUGUUGCGAUCAACCGAAUCCUGGCCGAUGUGGAAGGUGUCAACAUUGAGAAGGACUACCCGUCUUUCUAUGCCUGGCACCAGAAGCUCAUGGCGAAGGAUGUGGUAAAGAGUGCAUGGGCAGAGAGGGCGGCCUUGAUUGCGCAGUAG